UUCUUCCUCUUUACACCUCCCAUUCCCAAUCUUUUCUCUCCCUUCUUUUCCCAAUCCUUUCUCUCCCUUCUUUUCUCUCCUUUUCUUCACUUUCUUCACAUGUUUUUGUUCACCAUUUUCUCUCUCAUUCUCUGGUUGGUCUAUAUAGAUACUGUGUCAGAGAAGUCAGAACUAAAUUCUCCUUUUGUCCUUGUGAUUUCUGGGCAAGCCGACCCCUCUUUUGUCAUAACCUCAUAUCUCUUCUUUGUACUUCUAUCCAUCCCAAAAAGAGCAAACCCCUUAACAGUUUUGCAUAUUCAAAACUCCCCAAAACCCUAGUUACCUUCCCAACUUUCCAUCCGUUUUAAUCCACCAUGAAGAACCCUAGUUCUUCUUCCGUAAAAUCCAGGUUUACAAGAAGGUUCCUCCGUGCUCUCAUAAAGAUAAACCGUCAGAAACCCAGUUCUUCUUCUUCUAGAGAAAUCUUUCUCCGGUACAGGAGAAUUAGGAUUGCAGCUGAUAAAGCCAUGGCGUGUGUGAUUGGAUCAAGAAGAGCAUGGAGUAGAGCAGUGCUACGGAGGAUCAAGAACCAGAAGCGUAAGCGUUUGGCCGAUUCGCUAAGGAGAAGCAACGGUAUUCAUGGCAUGAAAAAGAUGGUGGCGAAGGAAGAAGAUGAGAUCAGUUAUGAGCAAGAGAACGAGCUGAGGAAGCUCGUGCCCGGAGUCGGAGCCAUGGAUUUAUGCAGCAUGUUGGAUGAGACGGCACACUAUGUCAUGUGUUUGGCCACCCAGGUUCAGGUGAUGAGAAAAAUUGUCGAUUUUUACUCUACUUGAAUAAUUUGGAUUAAUUAAAAAAAAAGAUUAAUAAAGAAAAAUCCAAGAAAAUAUUUUGUAAAAUAUAAGGAGGAUAUGUAAGUUCAGAAGAAAAAAAAGUGGGUUUUAUAAUUAAGGUCACCUCACACCAAACAAGCCCUAUGAGAGAAGGGAAUAUAUAUAAAUAUGAGAUUUUUAUAGCUUUAAUUUGCUUGAAGACAGCUGGUUUGUAUCUUAUAAUGCCUUGUGUGUUUUGCUUAAUUAAAAUUACUUGCUUUUCAAUCAAAUACUUCAUGAUAU